AUGGAGCACAACGGGUCUGCUUCCAGUGCUGGUAAAAUCCACCAGAAUCGAUUGUCAAGUGUGACUGAAGACGAAGACCAAGACGCCGCUCUUACGAUCGUGACUGUGCUGGACAGGGUGGCCACCGUCGUGGACAGCGUGCAGGCCAGCCAGAAGAGAAUAGAAGAGAGGCACCGGGCGAUGGAGAACGCUAUCAAAUCCGUCCAGAUUGACCUGCUGAAGCUCUCACAGUCGCACAGCAACACGGGCUACGUUGUCAACAAGCUGUUUGAGAAGACCCGGAAAGUUGGCGCUCACAUCAGAGAUGUGAAGGCCAGGGUGGAGAAGCAGCAGGUUCACGUAUCCAAAGUUGAAACCAAGCAAGAAGAAAUAAUGAAGAAAAACAAAUUCCGUGUGGUAAUAUUCCAGGAGAAUGUUCGGUGCCCCUCAUCCCUGUCUGUUGUUAAAGACAGAAGCCUGCCUGAGAACCAGGAGGAGGACGAGGAAGUCUUUGAUCCCCCGAUAGAUCUCUCCUCAGAUGAAGAAUAUUACGUUGAAGAAAGCAGAUCCGCCAGGUUUAGAAAGUCAGGCAAGGAGCACAUCGAUCAUAUCAAGAAGGCAUUUUCCAAAGAAAACAUGCAGAAGACGCGGCAGAAUUUUGACAAGAAAGUGAGUGGAAUUAGAACUAGAAUCGUCACACCUGAGAGGAGAGAGAGGCUGCGGCAGUCAGGGGAGCGGCUCAGACAGUCAGGGGAGCGGCUCAGACAGUCAGGGGAGAGGCUCAGACAGUCAGGAGAAAGAUUUAAGAAAUCAAUUUCAAAUGCUGCCCCCUCAAAGGAGGCUUUCAAGAUACGCAGCCUUAGGAAACCAAAGGAUCCCAAGGCGGAGAGCCAGGAGGGAGACAGAGGGAUGGGCGUGGACAUCAUCGCAGGUAGCCUGGCACUGGGGCCCAUCCACGAGUUCCAUCCUGAUGAGUUCAGUGAGACAGAAAAGGAGGUGGCCAAGGUAGGGUACAUUCCCCAAGAAGGAGGGGAUCCCCCACCUCCUGAGCCUUUGAAGGUGACUUUUAAACCUCAGGUGAGAGUAGAAGAUGAUGAAUCGCUCCUGUUGGAUUUAAAGCAGUCCUCGUAG